CCUUUGAAUCGCUGUUGUUUGACGUCGGCGCUUUAACAUGUAACUGUCAACAGGACCCGGCGCAGGAGCUGCAACUCUUUGUAGCAAACAAAACAGCCCCAUUACAGAUCAGCAGAGAGGAGCCGUGUAACCCGCAGGAGCUGCCACUGCGGUCUGCCCGGGGCAAGGUGGUGAUUAUGCGGCCAGGACGGCGUCUGUAACGCGGCUUUAACAGAUCUCAGUCCAGGCUUUGGGGACGCAUUCCUUAGAGUGUGAUUUGGAUCUUGAUGAUGGAGGUGAGCGGAGCCCCCGCCGUCGUCCUCCUCCAGCGUCCCUGGCUCCCUGUGAGCAUCAGCGGCUGCCAGCUCCUCGCUAAGAUCUGGUUCGGAGACUCGGCGUACCACAUCCUGCUGACGGACAUGAUCUGUGUGUGGGAGGAGAGGAUGGACUCGGCUGCCAUCCAGCGCCGAGCACAGAAGCUGUUUGCCGUUUCUUCCAACCAGGAGCUGAACAGGCGUUUACGAGCCCCUGUCAAAGCUUUCUUCUCCCACCUGUGUGAGGUGGUUCAGCCCUGUCUGUCAGGAAGCGGCGAGCGAGCAGACGGCGAGGCUCUGAUCUCUCUGACGCGACAGGACGACGGCAACAUCAGCAUGAAGCUGAAGAGCGAGCUGGCGGGGCUGCCCUUCUACUGGGAGUUUCACUGCACCCCCGCCCCCGUCACACUGGUGUGUCUUCAGCUGGUGCGCCCCCUGCUGGCGAUGAGCCACCUGCUGCAGCGGCAGGUGGAGCAGCUGGGAGGUCUGCUGGUGAGGAAGGACGCAGAGAUCCAGGACUACAGGGAGAACGGGGCCACGCUCAGCAGAGAGCGGCUGCAGACGGACGUUUUUGAGGAGGAAACGUACAGAGAGGACUUCAUGGCAAAGGCUCUUCCUCUGGUUUGCUCUGAGCAGCAGGACGCUCUGGGCUUCGACGCCGACCUGCAGCAGCUGUACGCCUCCGUCGUCGCUCACGGAAACGCACCUGCGCGAAAACGCAAACUGUCCGAGGAGCGACCCGCAGAGGAGGACCGGCCCGCCGCCGAGGAGCCUGACCUCACCCCAUCUUUAGGUGUUGGAUCUGUCAGCAGUGAAACAGCUGAGAGGGACAGAAAACAGAGCCACAAUGGCCAGACAGACGCAGCUAGAGCCAAGAUGGCCGACAGAGCCGCAGUGCAACAGUCUCUGUCCGUCACGUCCGACCCUGCAGAGCGACCGUCCUCCAAACCAAAGAAGAAGAAAGUCGUUGGAUUGUUCAGAUGAGUCCGAGCAGUAGGACACACACACUCCAUUAAGAACUUCAUUAGAAAAAGUGCUGUUUUUUCUUCACUUGGAGAAAAAUGGAAAAACGGGUCUGCCUUUAAAACCAUUACUGACUUUUAAACUUCCUCUACAAAGACGGGCACGUUUGUAGUUUGAGAGACUUUAGCUGGUUUUAAUUUAGUUUAGAUUUGAUCAUAUUAACAGCUUUUAGAUAAAAUAUUAAGAUAAAUAAAUGCAUUUUUCUAUUUUUGAUAAUUUUGUGAUCUGCAGCAUGAGGCUUGGUUUUAGCUCCGUAUUCGAUUUUACAAAUUAUCUGAUGAUUUUUAUUUUCAGGUAAUUACACAGGUGACAAGUUGUAUAUUUUACAUUAUUAUUAUGUCUUACCGAGUAAUCAAUUUGCAUGUAGUCUGAAACUGAUGGGUGGUUUUAGAGAAGUCAAACAAGCUGUCGAUUAAAGGUGUAAAUAUAAAUUUAA